GUCCAUGGUAACCAGGAAACGCCCAAGACAUAAGAUCACUUUCUCACCUAAACAUUGAAUAUAUCACCAAUAAAACAGCGAAACAGUUUCCUGGAUUGCCAAUGGCAACAAGGAAAUGCCGACAUCAAAUUUCAUUCACAGACAUUCGAAGACAACAAAAAACGAAAUUGUUACCGAUAUCGUGACGUCAGCUGCCAACAAGAGAAAACCGCAUAUUACUAUCCAUUACGGACAUGGCAGAAGCUGCCCCGAUACCAGAAUACAGAUGCUUGAUUUGUACGACACCUUACAAAGAUCCGAGGAAGCUGCCCUGUGGUCAUACCUUCUGCUACCGAUGUCUGACGUCAUACAUCGAAGCGGAACACGUCACAGCAGACGAGGAUCGGCACUACUUCCCGUGUCCGGUCUGCGAUGCACCGAGUGCUCCUAGUGACGUCAGUGCGGAUAGAAACCAGCAUAACACUAUCCAUUACGGACAUGGCAGAAGCUGCUCCGAUACCAGAAUACAGAUGCUUGAUUUGUACGACACCUUACAAAGAUCCGAGGAAGCUGCCCUGUGGUCAUACCUUCUGCUACCGAUGUCUGACGUCAUACAUCGACGCGGAACACGUCACAGCAGACGAGGAUCGGCACUACUUUCCGUGUCCGGUCUGCGAUGCACCGAGUGCUCCUAGUGACUUCAGUACAGAUGUAAGUACAUGGGCGGAAUGUUUUCCUAUAAAUACGUUGUACCUUAACACCACAGCAGAGGCGGCUGAUGUUCAUCUCUGUGCGUCAUGUAAACGAGGCAAAGAAUCCAGUCAAGCCGAGGUCUGGUGUACAGACUGUGGUGAAAAGAUCUGUAAACAAUGCAGAAUAUAUCAUGAACGGAACAAAACAACGGCAAACCAUCGGCUUGUCUCCUUUCCCUCUUUUGUCGGCGGAAUCUGCGAUGUUAUGGUCAACGAAAUCUGCCCCAGCCACGAUGGAAAGCUGUUGGAUGUCUAUUGUGUAGACCAUAGCGCUAUGUGUUGUAGUGUCUGUGUGUCAGUGUCACACAGACACUGUAACAAUGUUAAACCAAUAGAGGAUGUGGUCAGGAAGACUAAGACCGGACAACACACCAGGGAGACAGAAUUGAAGGAGUUGAGCGAGGAAACUAAGAAGAUGUUAGACGAUGACGAUUUGGGGAUGACCCUGCUUACCUUCAAAGAAAACGAAGUGUCGGCGAAAAUGACGAACAGGAUAGAGCAAGCUAAAGAUAAGCUUGAUAACCUCAACGUAACAUUCCAGUCGGACCUCACGGAUAAGUGCAAAGCGGCCAGGCAAAAUAUAUCUGCUCGACGGAUGAGUGUCAACACAUUCCACACCAAUUCGGAAAAUUCACAUCUAUUGAUGUCCCAUUUAGAACAACAGAUAUCAGAACGUCACAAGUUCUUCAUUAGAGAACAAACAAAAAUUCAAAUAUCAGGACAUUACCGUCGUAUGGAUCAAAACACAAACAAACAACCGAAUAGAUUUUACAUCACAUUCGCGUUAGGAACAAUAAUUGACGAAAUCAUGAAAAUGACAACUUUGGGGAAUGUUGACGUGGCCUCUACAAUAUCAGAUGUAACUCAGAACGCGAAUGUAUGUAUAGGCACAAUGAUUGAGACCUUGCUCUUGACACCUUCAGCUUCAACAUUAGAAGACUCGACUUCGACCUCCGACCUCAGGGGUUCACUGCAGUAUUUGACCGUCCCGACAACACCAGUAAAGGCAGCGGUUGAGGUAUGGACCGGAUCGGUAUCUUGUGUAAAGACAGUAGACGGAAGUACACUAGGAGGGUCACCUACACCUUGGUUGACGGGAGGUAUAUUUACUGACAACAAUGAAUUACUUAUGACAGAUUACAUCAACAAAAGACUCCUACUGUUUGAUGACACGUAUUCCUACGUAAGAGAAUUUAACAUUGACGGAUAUCCAACAGAUAUAGUACGUGGACGUGCCGAUGAUGAGGUGUUUGUGGCUGAAAACGAAAACGAAAUACUGAAGUGUAAACUAAGGAAUGGUCAGCUAACCUUGAUCAACAAGAUGAGAUGUUCACGAGGAACAUGGGGUAUAGCAGUUCUCGGGAACAAUACCCUGGUCGGUACGUAUGGUAGUGUGAAAGUUAAGACAGUAGAUGGGAAGGUGACCAAGUCAAUAGCGAAAGGUGGAGAUCACACAUACCUCGCCACAUCUCCUUCUAGUGCCACCGUGUAUCACAGAGAUAACAAUGACGUCGUGUGUAGACGACUUGACAGUGACGUAGAAGUCUACAGGUACAGAGAACCUGGUCUGAGGAAUCCUAUAGGUAUUGGACUGGACCGGGAUGACAAUGCAUAUGUAUGUGGAUGUCAUUCUGGAAAUGUUCACCUUAUUUCAGCUGACGGGUCACGUGGGAGGGUACUGGUGUCCAAGCUAUCUACUAUCAAUAAUCCGUGGUGUGUAGUAGUCCAUCCCACCAAACAGGAGUUCGUUGUCACUUCGAACCAGGAGUCUACGUCACUCGAGGUGUACAAAUUUAAGAGGAAAUAAGUACAAAUGUAGUUUAAUGAGAAAUUUAGAUAUGAUAUUAGACAUAUAUUUAUGAACAAACCAGGAAUCCAUUGUCACUUCACUUAUCUACGUCUCUAUAGGUUUACAGAAUUACUGAAUAGGAAAUAUUGCAGUGAGACAAAAUCAUUCAAACAUUCCGAAAAUAUUUUAGAGCAAAGUAAAUCCAUGCAGGAUCUCACACAAGUAGAGAUCUCAAAACAGUUACGAUUUCAUAAGAUCUCGUAUGGAGUUUGAAAUAGUUAAAUAUUUAAUGUGUCCUAUUAUUAUCAAACACAUGCAUGAAGAAAACCACAUUUUGUAAUUAUUUAACCAUGAACAAAUCAAAGGAUGAUGCCGUCCAGUUUGCCUUUGGUAGGGAUUUUUUUGUUGUCGCCACAAUUAGUGAAACUAUUGUAGUAGAGGUGGUUUCGUUGUGAAAGAUUAGGAAAACUCUUCUUAGUUUUGUUCACUGUCAGUUUAUUCAACCAAAAUAACCCUGCAACACGUACAAAGUACAAGUUACAGUCAUAGACAUAAUGUAAGGGAAAUAACUCUUAGACGAUUACACAACUUUUACCCUUACAAAUCUAGCUUAAACGACAAGGCGAUACAACUUUUACGAAAUACAAUCAAACUCAAGAUUUGACUUUGGAGUCGAUAUUUAUUACCUUGGACAGGUCAAGGGUCAUGGCCGUGGAGUGAAGAAGUUGAGUAACGUCUCCUUUGUAUUUUUGUUGAUAACACAUUAAACACUGUCCGAAAAUACCUAAAACCUUGCAUACGUAUCCCUGUUUGUAUAGUGACACAACCUUAAAUGUCAAAACUUUAAAAACAGGAGCUGAAAGUGACCUUUGCAGUCGAUGUAUUUUCCACCUGUUACGUAAACACCCCACCCGAUACGCAGGUGUGCACGUGGAAAUAGACAUACAGGUACAGGUGCGCGUGCAGCGUGAAUCUAUACUGUCCGAACACUGAGUACAUAGUGUACAUUCUCAAACUUAUAUAUCGACAGCGUGUAUCCAGAUGUUUCACAUCAAACUACUGAUAUGGUACAGUCUGUUACUGACAUGUAUACAUGUAUGGGUUUCAGUGAUAUUGCCACUGCUUCGCUAAAUUACACGUACAGAUAACAUUCGUUAGCACAUACGGCAUGUCCUGAAGGAUAAAGUACCCAAUCUAGAACAGUUCGCAAAUAACACAAAUGAGCGCAUGAGCGAAUUACAUGAGUCAACUCUACAAAAUCUAGAAAAGAAAUACAGAUAAGAUAGCCGAGGAGGAGCACGAACGGCUAACAUUGGAUAUGUGGUCCCGGAAGUGGAAUUUGGUUAUUCGGGGAACCCAGAGUCACUGAAACUAAAGUACGGAACUUUUUUAUUCAAAAGCUAAAAAUGUUGGAGGAAAAAGCAGCGUGCAUGCUUUUUACUGCAGUGCACCGUCUCCCAGGUGGCAGUGAGAGUAAAAACAACGUCAUCAUCCGACUUAGUAGUCUCCUGGACAGGGAUGAGGUGACGAAGGCAGCUUAUACCCUUGCUCCCGUUUCUGGGUAUAGUGUGGUGCUGGACUUGCCACCAUCGGCGAGCAAACGUCGAGGCGAACUACUGAAGGCUCGGAGGGACAUGACACCACCAGAACGCUCAAAAUACAAACUUGUUUACAGAAAAGAUUAUCCAUUUGUUGAACUUGUGUCAAAAACAAAGAUGAACUACGUUAGUAACAAAAAAUAGGUUGUGCAUUUUGCUAUUGUUAUUUUGUGUGUGUGUGUUUUGACCGAGACGAAGUGCAGUAAUUAAAAAGAAAACAUAACAUUUUUUUUGAUAGUAAAACACAAAGUCGACAGGAAAUCGAUGAAGAUUUUUAAUUUUAAUUAUAGAAACGGUGUUCUUGUUCAUCAAUUAUGUACAAACAAGGUAAGAUAAAAACUGUAAAUAUCUUUUUAUUGGUCUGAAAAUUACAAGACACCAUACUUUUCAUGUUUCGAUGAAUGCAUAAUGCAAAUGUUUGUCCAGAGUUGUCGUUCCUUGCACUUCGAGUGAGUGGCAAGGGGCGGCAGCUCGUGUAGGGGAUCGGUAUUAUGGAUAACUGUAAUUACAACACGGCUCUUUUGUUUCAGCCCGUUGUGUAACCCACGUAAAGAACCCGCUAUUGAAUCGAAAUUGCACGUGCCCAGGAGGGUAUAUUGCCUCAUUUGCAUAUACCACCCUCCCUGUGGUAUAUCAACCUGGGCACGUGCAAAUUUUUAUUCAAUACAGGUUUGUUCCUGCAGGAUAGUUUUGACAACAGAUCGUCGUUACAAAAAACACAGUACACAUGACAUUAAACAAAUGCUUUUAAUAUAUGUACGCAGUAUUAUAUUGCAUUAGGAUAAAAAAUUUCACAAUUUUUCACAUGUGAAAAUAAAUUUUGGAGUUAUUGAAGUUAUAUACGGGGGGAAUUGGAAACGGACUGGGAACACUAGUGGUAGCCAUAGAGGGGGAGGCCUCCGGAGUUUUACAUGUCGAUUGGAUAACGCGGGAAACACUGCGCGCUUGUAUCCGUAUACAGCAGUACUGCGAUGGCCGAUUUGCUCCAUAAUCAGUUGUUCCGACACAUUUCCCUGAAACAACCUCGUAGCUGUUGUAGCUAGCAGGGAAUGGUUUGUAUAGAAACCCUUGAAUCCAGCAAGAUUCGUGAUGCUUUUUAUUAUAUUGGUCAGCUUGUUGUGUCCAACGGGGACUUGGGAAAACCAUAUAUCUCCCUUGGGUUUGGAUAGGGGCUGGAAGUAGAAAUGGUCAGGAUCGGAAUUUGGGUGCAACUUGGAACAAUCUUUUUCAAACAGCGUCACGGGGCAACGGGUUUUGUCAUUUGCUUCAUAAGCACAGGCUCUAUGGGGGUCUACUCUCUUGCAGGCGCGUAGCUACCAUGUAAGCCAAUAAGCCCGGGCUUGCACAUGAUUUUGACAAGUAUAG